AUGGGAAGAGAAGUUGUUGAGGUGCUUACGGACCGAAACGCCGACGUUUCAAGCGGUAGAGUUCACGUUGCUCCUAAGAUAGCUGCAGCUGAGUCUGAGGAGGAAUUUGAAGUCAAGGAAUGCACCGAGGAGGAUUCUCUUUCCGAGAAUGCACCUAAAGUCGAAACUCCUGAGAAAAUCGGAGCUCAAAAAUCGCCUAAAACCCGAAAUGCUAAGGUUUUAAAGAACGAUGUUCAUGCUCCUGCGGUGAGGAAGCCAUUGCAACCUGAGAACAAGAAGCAUAUCGAUGACGAUGAUAAUUGCUCAAUCGCUUCUUCUGCUACAACAUCAAUGAGGAUGGGUAAGUCUGGAGUUACUCAUGGAAGUGCUCCAACCUUUAGGAGUGCUCAGCGCGCCGAGAAACGCAAAGAGUAUUACCAAAAGCUUGAAGAGAAAAACCAAGUGCUUGAAGCUGAAAGGAACGAGCUUGAACAAAGGCAAAAGGAAGAGCAAGAAGCAGCCUUGAAACAACUUAGAAAGAAUCUCAAGUUCAAGGCUAAACCCGUCCCCAACUUCUACUACGAGGCGCCUCCUGCAAAACCCGAGCUCAAGAAGCUUCCUUUGACGCGUCCCAAAUCGCCAAAACUCAUCCUUUCUCGGAGAAAAAGCUUCAGCGACGCAAUCAGCUCGUCUUCCCGUGAAGAGACUCUGAAGACAGCCUCUAACCGGAACCGACACAGUACUGGAACAGUUCAGAACAAAGAAGAUCCCAAGAACAAGAACACCAAUGCCGCGCACGAUAGCCCUCGUGUCAGAUCAGGCAAGGCUAAAGCGGGAUUGAAACCGGUUAACGAGUGUUCAGAAGAAGCUUCUGAGGCUUGA